AUGAAUGUGGUUCAGUUGACCACGGCAACAGCCCAGCCGGCGCAGGUUUUGGUGCUGCAAGCCGAGGCCCCGACGCUGUUGUGUGAGAACAUUGCCACAGCUCCGCUGCUGGUGAUAAAGCAGGAACAAGAUCAAACCUCUGAGGACCCGCCUGCGUCUCCCACCACGACCAAGUCCACCGGGCGCGUCGGCGGGAUUCUGGCGCGUGCGAAGGGGCAAAAAGCAGAAAGCACCAACACGCCAACGGCGGCGCCAAAAAGCACCGGGCGGGUCGGUGGUCUCGUUGCGCGGGCGAAGCGUGCGGGAGUUGGUGCUACUUCAAAUGCGGCCGCGCGUGCGAAGCAGGUGAAGGGGAUUUUUCUGCCUUCCGUGUCGCUGGGCCAGAAGACGGACGAGACCAGUCCUAGCACCGCGUCUAUCCCGAGAGAAAAAUGUAUGCACUUGCUGCACAUUUGUUGUACUUGAUUCCAGCAUCAACACAAACUUCCUCUACACAAUAAAGAAAGUUUGCGAUGCAGCGUAUGAAAGGAGAGUCGCAAGCACUUGGGCUGGCUUGCUUUUUCCGCAGCAUAAUGUGCAAACUAACUGUAACACUUUUUUCUUUGCAUACACUCGGGGCCGGCCAAUGCGGGCUCCGCGAUCUCGCCCGAGAGGAACGGGGGCAGCAAUGCCAAACCGGUGAUGAUGAGCACAGCCAGGUCGACCACCAAGCCCCGCGUGCGCGUUUUGCGGAAACUCAAGGAAGAUUGGGAUUUAGUCCAAAUCGAAGGCGCGGACGAAAAUCCGGGCGACCCCGCACCGCGGUUGCGGUACAAGACUCCCUGCACCAUGUACGUGAUGCUGAUCCACCCGGGACUGUGGCUGGUGAUCCCGUGGAUGCUCCACUGUAUGCGCUCGUUGGAGCGGGUGUUGCCAAAGGACGCGGUGCUCUGUGACCAGACGGAGUUGGAGUUGCUGAAGCAGGCGCUGCAGGGAAAAUGGUUUCACGGAGGCCACCGAAGCGAGCACCAGGUUUCCUACACCAUGCCGGUCGCGGUCGGAAACGGAGAAGGAGAUAUGGUAGCAGUCAUGACCUUAUCAAAUGCAAAAAUGUCUGGGUCUGGAAGAUUGCGCGAUUUGUAAUGCAGGUUUCUCAUGACCCAUGAGGUCUGGAAUGCAAAACCUAGCAUGACAGAUUCUGUCAGAUCUCUAUCAUGCUUAUUCUGCAUGAGAAACUCCCUCUCACCUUGGUCAGAAGUGAGCGGCUUUUGGUACUCAUGCAACACAGAUUUUAGCAUAGUUCGCGUUUAGCAUGAGAAGUUGCAAUCUUCCAGACCCAGACAUUUUUGCAUUUGAUAGACCUUCGACGGGGUGACUCCCGAGUACCAUGUCGAGUCGCUCACGGGGAAUAGUCCUGUGCCCCUAGCUCCGCGAUCGCGCUCUGAAUCUUUCCAAUUUUCUAGAGCGGCGUCCCAGCCAGAUGCGUUGUUCACCGAUGCCUGGGGUUCGCGUCUGGUCGCGAAGAUAGAUGCGGCGAAUCCGAGCCCAGCUGAAAUCGAGCUCGCUACGGAAGUGGGUGGGUACAAGACAUUUGCGAAGUGGGUUCGCAAGCAUCCGAAUGCUGCGUCGUAGGAAACGGGGAAUCGAGAUUUUUGUAUAAUACUCAUUUUCGACAAGCAAAAGCUUUAUCGUCAUUUUUUCUUAGAGCCAAAUGUACUUGAUCUUUGAUGAGCCAUAAAUUCGUUUUUCCAUGAUGAACAAAUGUAAUGGGUUUAUUGGUUCGACCCAUCGCGUUCUGCUGCUACCCUUCUCUUUCACUUUCACAUUCAUCGAAUAUAUAAAAAUGCAGAUGAACAAAGGCGAUGGCGAAGUAGAAAAUGAAUGCGAUUCUGACUUUUUUAGAUAAAACUGGACUAUUGAUGAAGAGUAACGAUUUCCAUUUGUACUUGUGCUCAGCUGUAAAACGCCAUAAAUUGCCAUCUGUCUGCUCACAUUGCACAGCUUGUCAGCAUCUCGUCAAUGUUCUUCUUCUUGUCCGAUGAGAACAGAAGGAAUGUAUCUGCAAACGCGCUUUUUUGGUUCGUACCCGAUAGAUUUUGAUUUUUUUGCGAAAAAAACUUUUACAUCAUCUGUUUCUGGAAGCAUUACCUAUUGGUAGCGCUAGCACAAAUUGCAAAUCAAUCGUUGGGGAUGGUUCAUUUCCGUUUCCUGGUCCACUAGGAUUCGAAUGGCGACGACCCAGUUGUAUCAAUCACCUUUCCAUAAAUAUGCAUAGAGAAGCACUCGAUUAUCUAAAAAAUGUUUGCCUUUUCACGACGUGUCACCGUUGUUUUCGGAGCAGCCAGGUGGCACGUUUUUCACUUUUUAGUGUUUUUCAUUUCAUUUCGAUGCAAAUUCCAUUUUUUUUGAUGGAGGAGAAGAAGCUGGUGCUAGCAGUAACAUCUGCAUCUUCAAGAUAAGCAUAAAUUGAUGUUUCAAGCGCAUACACGUUUCCAUAAAUUCAUCUACUCUUUUUGGUAGAAACAUACCAAUCCUACACACCAAAUGUCGCUUAUAAGUGGAUAUGAUGGACAAAUGCUUGAUGUGAUGAUGCAUCGAUCAGGGUGGAGUUUACUUCACCCGUGUAAAAAGGGUGUCGUGUGGGACGAUGGUGUGUGCAUUUAUGUGUUGUGAUCUUCUGCCUCAAGCAACAGUUGGACGAGUCUGCUG